UCGGGGAUGGCAGGGACUUGAGCCCAAUGGAACAGCCAGGAAGUGCAGCCGGCUCAGUCUACAGCAGCAUGUUCAGCUGGGUGAGCAAGGAUGCCCGCCGCAAGAAGGAGCCGGAGCUCUUCCAGACGGUGGCGGAGGGGCUGCGGCAACUGUACGCGCAGAAGCUGCUGCCCCUGGAGGAGCACUACCGCUUCCACGAGUUCCACUCGCCCGCGCUGGAGGAUGCUGACUUCGACAACAAGCCCAUGGUGCUCCUCGUGGGCCAGUACAGCACAGGCAAGACCACCUUCAUCCGGCACUUGAUCGAGCAGGACUUUCCCGGGAUGCGCAUCGGACCUGAGCCCACCACCGACUCCUUCAUCGCGGUCAUGCACGGCCCCAGCGAGGGCGUGGUGCCAGGCAACGCGCUCGUCGUGGAUCCUCGGCGCCCCUUCCGCAAGCUCAACGCCUUCGGCAACGCCUUCCUCAACAGGUUUAUGUGUGCACAGCUCCCCAACCCGGUCCUGGACAGCAUCAGCAUCAUCGACACUCCUGGGAUCCUGUCGGGAGAGAAGCAGCGCAUCAGCAGAGGGUACGACUUUGCAGCCGUCCUUGAGUGGUUCGCGGAGCGGGUGGACCGAAUCAUCCUGCUCUUUGAUGCCCAUAAGCUGGACAUCUCCGAUGAGUUCUCUGAAGUCAUCAAGGCUCUCAAGAACCAUGAGGACAAGAUCCGAGUGGUGCUGAACAAAGCCGACCAGAUUGAGACACAACAGCUGAUGCGGGUAUAUGGGGCCCUUAUGUGGUCCCUGGGCAAGAUCAUCAACACCCCUGAGGUGGUCCGUGUCUACAUUGGUUCUUUCUGGUCCCACCCACUGCUCAUCCCAGACAACCGGAAGCUCUUUGAGGCUGAGGAACAGGACCUCUUCAAAGACAUCCAGUCUCUUCCCCGAAAUGCCGCCCUCAGGAAGCUGAAUGACCUGAUCAAGCGGGCGAGGCUGGCUAAGGUCCACGCCUACAUCAUCAGCUCCCUCAAAAAGGAGAUGCCCAAUGUCUUCGGUAAAGAGAGCAAAAAGAAAGAGCUGGUGAACAACCUGGGUGAGAUCUACCAGAAGAUCGAGCGAGAGCAUCAGAUCUCCCCAGGCGACUUCCCAAGCCUCAGAAAGAUGCAGGAGCUCCUGCAGACCCAGGACUUCAGCAAGUUCCAGGCCUUAAAGCCCAAGCUGCUGGACACAGUGGAUGACAUGCUGGCCAACGACAUCGCACGGCUGAUGGUGAUGGUGCGCCAGGAGGAGUCCCAGAUGCCCUCCCAGGCUGUGAAGGGUGGCGCCUUUGACGGCACCAUGAAUGGGCCCUUCGGGCAUGGCUAUGGCGAGGGUGCUGGUGAGGGCAUUGACGACAUCGAGUGGGUGGUGGGCAAGGACAAGCCCACCUACGAUGAGAUCUUCUAUACGCUGUCACCCGUCAAUGGCAAGAUCACAGGUGCCAAUGCCAAGAAGGAGAUGGUGAAGUCCAAGCUGCCCAACACCGUGCUGGGCAAGAUCUGGAAGCUGGCUGACGUGGACAAGGAUGGGCUGCUGGAUGAUGAGGAGUUUGCCCUGGCUAACCACCUCAUCAAGGUCAAGCUGGAGGGCCACGAGCUGCCCGCUGACCUGCCCCCACACCUCAUCCCACCCUCCAAGCGCAGGCUCGAGUGACAGGCCUACCAGGCGGUCCACUCGCCAUCUCCAUCCCUGCCCAGGAAGACCGGGGCCUGGGGGCAGGGAGGGGUCACCACUUUUAAAGAUCCAUAAAGACCGAGUGCUGUUUCCUCAGCUUGAAUAGGAGAAGCACCAUCUUUCUUUUAAGGCAGUAUCUCGGCCCAGCCAGGGAGGCAGGGGUGAGGCACAGAUGUAAAUGAUGAAAUUUUAUGCACAAGAACUCUGGAUAUUUUUAAUAUAUACCGUUAGAGGCAGCCUUCUUUCUUGCCGCCGCCUCCUCUGUUGGACAGUUCAAUGAACACAGCCUCUCCUGUCCCAGCCUUUCCUCCUGUGCACUGUCCCUGGCUGGAUGGCGUAGGCAGCUAUGAUGAUCCUAGGGAGGCCGAUGGCUCCUGGGGGCUGCCACCCAGAGCUGCUGGGAGACUGGAGCCGCCCCGUCAGUUGGUCUCUGUCUCCAAGCUAAGGCUCACCCCACCCAGCUCUGCCCUGGGCUUGGGCUGAGUCAUUCCCUGUGCCUCUCCAGCUGGGGCUCCCCACACUCACACCCUGUCCUUUCUUGCACACCCCAACCCCAGCUCCCACUCAGCAGGGCAGUCGAUGCAAGGCCCUGCCACUGCUGUCUUUUUUCAGGGCUGUGGAGAGGGGAGAGAGAGCGCGUCUUCCAGAAAGAUGUAUAAGCUAGGUCUUCUAUACAGUGACACCUUUCAUACUUGACCAAGUUUUUCAGUAACUUCAGACCACUUGUUUAAAGCUGUGAUUUUUGCCUCCUUCCCUACGUGCCAGCCUAUGGGUGGCUCCAGGAGCUGUUGAAUGUGGGGUGUGUGUGUAGCACACCAGUUGUAGCCCAGAUUUGCUCUCUGACCAAGGAGAGGCACCCAAAAUCCUGCCUGAUAGCAUCUGAACUGUAGCCCCUUACUUCUCUGAGAGCUUCCUGAUGCCCCCUACUUGGGGUGGGUGGUGCAUCCCUGGGACUGGGUGUGGUUAGGUGCUGGCAGAGGAAGACUGAGGCUCUGGCCCGGACCCAGUUUCCAGGCAGCAGGGAUGGGAAAACCUGGCCGCCUCUUUCCAGCCUCACCCGGCCCUCUGUCUUCCCCCUAGCCUGAGCAAUAAGCCAGAGCCAGCAAACAGCCAGUUCAGCUGCCUCACACUGCACAGCCUUGGGGUCAUGAGUGCUUGCUCUGCCAGUGGUCAGUCUCGAGGGCAGCCACUCUGCCGGGGCAGGAGACGCAGCACCGGGUCUGCCCAGCAGGAGCUCCAGCUGGGCCUCGGGGAGUUGCCCUGGCCUGUGUACAGCCUGCCCCCAGGCCUGCACUGCAGGUUCAUUCAGUAUUAGGAGAGGGUGGAUGGAGGCACAUCCUUAGUGCAGCAGGGGCUUGUUCACACUCAUCUUUGGGGAAAAGGUAAUUGAGACUAAAGACUGUUUUCCUUGUAUUAAAGAGUUUUAACUGUGCUAAUGCUGACUCCUGGUGCUCAGUUGUCUUUUCCAGGGCCAAGAGCCUGGAGCCCUCCCCUCUCAGGUCCUGUCGGGGUAGAGCAUUUGGGGACCAAGCUGCCAGCAGGGGCAGAUCGGCAGGCCUGCUAGGGUGAGGUGGCCAUCCCUUCCCCGUCAUGCUCAGCUGUACAGCAGCAGCCACCUCCUGUUAAUAUAACUGGGUCCUGGGCUGGGGAUUUAGCUAAGUCGUUUCGCCACCUGCCUUGCAAGCUCAAGAACCCAAGUUCUAUUAACUGGGUCCUUCAGAUGGUUAUAGGGUCCUAGGGGACCCCAAGGAAUGAGAAACCCCCUUCCCUUGUAGGAAGGCUGAGCAAAAGUAGUUUGAGACAAAGCUAAAGGAAUUGGGAAAAGUCUGAUAACUGGGGACCGUGUGGGCCCCCCUUCUGCAAUCAGCGCAGCCUCACCCCAACAUCCACCCAGCCUGGGGCACAUGGGAAGAGAACCAAGGGGCCCUUAGUAGCAAGAGGGUUGGCAUCUGGUCAGCAGGGUUUCUGAACUCAAGCACCUGGCUCCAUGCUUAUUCUGAGGGGUUAAAGACAGAGAAGCGCUCAGGACAAAGCAGAUAACUGGCAACAAAAUCCAUACUCAUGAAGGGGCCUGUGAUGUCACAGGGAAGGGUGACAGACUGGGAAUGGCAUGCCCACAGAGGUCAAGGUAGAGGUGGCAGAGCCAGGGUAUGAGCCGGGUUUCUCUCCAGGGUUGAGGACUCUGCUGUGCUCCAAGGACCUAGCAACUGUGUCCCAACUGGCCUCGUGGUCCAUAUCUGAGUCCCAGAAUGUCAUAGCCCUCCUGUGCCACACAUUUGCCUCCUGUGUGGAUUCGCCUAGAACCUCAGGACCCAGGGGGCAGUGUUCUCCCUGUGUCACUGGAAGAGUGCAGGACAGGCGGUUGUGAGCAAACAGCAGUGGUAGCAACGGAGAUUCCAGUGUGGAACUUCCAACACUAUCCUGAUU